CGGAUCUAUGAUUACAGGAAAUUUGGCUGAACUUGCAUGGGGAAGUGUUGAGCUGGCCCUUAAUGUUCUAUUGUUCUCCAGAUUGAAAUUACCUCAGAAAGUUAUGACUCAAGGUGUAUUACGCAUGUCAUUGGUACGUGAAUGUAAUUACAAUUUUGGAAUCGACACCAAGGUACAUUAGGAUGCACAUAGAUUCUUAGAUUGUUAGAUAUGUUGUGGCCUCAUUUCUUACUCCAAAUAUAGUUAGACACUUUCGUUAUUCAAUUGAUUCUUAUCACUUCAUAUAUGGUUGCUUCAUGUUGUUUGAUGCUUUCAUAGUUAUGGAUAUCUUUCCAAUUACUGAUACUGUCUAUGCUAUAAUUAUCAUUAUACGUUUGUUCAAUCUGUUAUAAAUCAUAUUGAAAAUUAUCAAAGAUACUCUAUCAAUCAAGAUUCAUCAUUAAAUAGGUCAAAGAAUUUAACAAAAUUCAAUAAAUCAUUUAAAUUCGUUCUCUUAGAUCAAUACACCAAUGAUAAAUUAAAAAAAGCUUGAAGUAUCUCCUCCUAAUUCAACUUAAACUACAAAUGCAAGUUCACUAAUGGAAUUAGAAAGUUGUCAUUAAUUUGAGAGUCAUUAAAAGAAAAGACCUCUGUUGUUUCCUAAUGUUUAUUAAAUAAAAGUAUAAAUAUCAAAAACAUCAAAAAUGAAUAUAAUAAUUGAUGAACCUGAGAAAUUUGAUCUACUAUUUGAUUAACAUUUAAACUUAGAUAGAAAGAUGAAUCUUUAAAUAAAGCUGAAUUUAUGUGCUUAAGUUUAUUAGAAUUUGAAAAAACAUUAUCCCUGUGAAUGGCUUCUUAAAUAGAUUGCUCAAUAUCAAGCCGAGUUAUUACUUUUAGAUUAAUGAUUUUUCUUUAACCC